AUGAAGAGUGAGUCCAAGCACAAGAAACUUGCUAUAUUUGGGGGACUGUCGGGAUGCAUUGAGGGAGCGACGCGCGUGUCGGCAAAUUGGAUGCGGUGGCAGAUUGUGCGUGGAAAGCGACUUUUGCUCUGGGAAACCAACCCAGACGUACUCUCACGAUGGGCCCAAUCGGUGAUUGAAACGGAAAUUCUCCUACGAGAGGUGACUCAACAAGAAAGCUUUGUCAAAGAAUGCAUUCAGAUCGUGAAUGCAAACUCCGACCCCGUCGCCAAAGCCAUUAUGCCCGACAUGGUCGAAGAGUUGAUAAACCUGGACCAUGAGUACGAUCGCCUCGAACGGACGUAUGAAACCAUUGUGGAUGGGUGCCCGACAGGGCCAAUUAAGAGCGGAUAUCUGUGGAUUCGAAGCCAGUCGGAUUGGUAUCUUCGGAGUGAAUGGCUUCGCCAGGAUUGCAUUAAUCGCGGAGGCUGUUGUGGCCGCUCUUGCGGAUGCUGUGAGGUCCCCCCAGAUCCUCGUCGAAGGAAAGGAUGGGGUCACUGUACGGCCAAGUGCGCUUGUUGUAAAAGUGUGCGUGAUUUCCAAGCAAAUGAAAGAGACAAGCGACUUCUCCAGCCCAAAUAUGACCUGACUGCUUUCCCUUGGAGUCACUAUAGCCGCCAGAUGUUCCGCGCUUAUAUUUGGUCCCCUGACUGUGACUGA